CCCCAACCACGCAACCGUAGCUCCCUUCCAACUCGAGCAGCAACGCAACGCACGCGGCGCUGUCACACUACGAAUCCACGCAAUUGAGGUUUCGUGAAGUUCGACAUCAUGGCUGCUGUAAUCCAAGGUCUCUUCGGAGGGUCAAAGGACGACCAGCCCAAGGUCGUGGCGGAUAAUGACUUCGCAGACUUCGCCUCCGCCCCCGAACCAACCCCCGCCUCCUUCGCCGCCCCCGCCGGCACCACCCCCCUCGCCGCGACCGCCACACCCGCCCUCCCCUACACAAAAUGGUACAACAUCCACGAGCGGCACUCCCUCUCCGAGUUCAAGGGCGAAGGCUACAUCCUGCUCCUCCUCCUCGCGCUGGGUACAAUCCACAUCCUCGGCACACGCGCGAACCGCCGCCGUGCUCGCGGAUGGGCCGUUGCGCACGCGCCAGUCUUGCAUAAUGAGUUUGCGCUUGUGGGGUUUGCGCCACAGCAGCCGGGGGCGGGGGAUGCGGAGGGGGAGGGACUUGCGAGGGCGAUUGAGAAGGCGGGGAAGGAUGGGGAGGUGUUGAAGGAGGUUGGACUCAGCAAUUUCCUCGGAUACGCUACUGGGCGACUUAAUGUUGCCUUCCUCGACAUUGAAAUCGACCUCCUCAAGCGGUACAACCCGGUUCUUCAGUUCAUCGAGAACGCAGCGGGGUUCUUCUUCGAAUCCAUGCCAGCCCCUGUGGAGCGCGUGUCGGCGAUCCUCUACCCCUUCGAUGGGAAAGAGGCCUUGACUGUCCCCGGCCUCCCUGGUAUGGCGGAGCUGAAGGGCGGGAAGAGCGGGUACGACAAUUUCGUCUGGGCCGUCGUGCAUAAAGAUCGCAUGCGCCAGCUGCGCGACGAGAGAUACGACGUCAGUAUCACUGUCACCAAGGACCACCCUAGACUCCCGGAGUGGGCGACUGUCAUGUCCGAGAGCGCUGAGAUCACCGAGGCGAUGCUUACACCCGCUCUUGUGGCUGCGGUGGAGAAGGCGGGGGAGGCGUUCGAGCAUUUGAUUAUCACUGACCAGCCCACCGACCAGCCUCUCAGCGUUGACGAGACUGUGUCGAAGAAGCGAGUCUACCUCUCCCUCCGCCUUCCCGCCUCAGGGGAUUACGAGGAGACGCUGCCGAUCUUCACGUAUUUCAUCCAGCUUGCUGACUUUUUGGUUGAGAAAGCGCAUUUCAGACCGGAGGUUAUGAAGAAGGUGAAGGGAGGGAGGGAGGAUGUGGUGAAGAGGUUGGUGAAGGCGGAUACGGAUGGGAAGGCGGAGGAGAGGGCGCUGGAGAGGGAGAAGGCGAAGAAGGCGAAGAGGGAUAAGGAACUAGCAGGCUUGGAUGCGAAGGCGCAGAAGAAGUUUUUGGAGAAGGAGAAGGAGAGGGAGAUGAAGAGGAGUAUGAAGAAGGGGAGUCAGAAGGGUUAGGUGUGGGAUAGGAUGGGAUAUAAUGUGUACUUUGUAGAUAUUAUGUGCUUUUUUGUGGCGGGGA